CCCAACCACGAAUCCAAUCUCUUAAUCUAAACCCCGUCACCGCCGCCAACCCCAUCACGAGCAUAACCAAGGCAGCACUACGAAGGAAGAACCUGCUCCAGCCCUAUCCUUACCUCCUUCCCUCCCUCCCUCUUCCCGCUGCUCCGCCCAUGCUCCGACUCAUUUCACGGCCAUUCGCCGUCACCGCCGGAUUCGUCGUCGCGCGCUCCUUCGCCCCUUGCCCUCUCUGUUCCCUCCGAAACCGUCGUUUCGCCCCCCGCUUCGUUCGUGUCUCUUCUUCCGCCUCAGACACCAACGCCCACCUGCAGCAGCAGCAGCAGCAUGGCAAUGGAGAUUCCUCCAAAUCGAGCUCUGUAAGUUCUGGUUUGUAUCUGGUUGCAACACCAAUUGGCAAUCUGGAAGAUAUCACCUUGCGGGCAAUACGUAUCCUUAAGUUUGCAGAUAUUAUACUCUCUGAGGAUACAAGACAUUCUAGGAAGUUGCUUCAGUACUACGGUAUUAAGACACCACUAAUUAGCUAUCACAAAUUCAAUGAGUCCGAGCGUGAAAGUUCAGUAUUACAAAGGCUUCGACAAGGUGAAAUUAUUGCACUAAUUAGUGAUGCUGGUACUCCAUGUAUCAGUGAUCCGGGUAUGGAACUGGCAAAGGUAUGCGUCAAUGAGAAUAUCCCUGUUAUUCCUAUUCCUGGGCCAUCUGCUUUGGUUUGUGCUCUUUCAGCUUCUGGCUUGUCCACUGAUGAAUUCAAGUUUGUUGGAUUUCUACCCAAGCAUGCUGGUUCAAGAAGAGAAAGACUUCAAGUUUCUGCCGUUGAAACCGCAACACAAAUAUUCUUUGUUCCUCCACAUAAGCUCCAUCAGUUUCUUAGUGAAGCCUCUUUAAUCUUUGGGGAAUCAAGGUCAUGUGUUAUUGCACGAGAAAUGACAAAAGUUCAUGAAGAGUUUUGGCGAGGCACUUUGGGGGAAGCUAAUAAGAGAUACUCAACUCAAGAGCCAAAGGGAGAAAUAACACUUCUGAUAGAGGGAAAGGCAAACUCAGUCAACAAUGUUCCAUCUAAUGACCAGCUUGAGCUUGAACUGAAAGAAUUGAUUUCCAAAGGCCAUAGUCUUUCCAUGGCAGUGAAAUUGGUUGCUGAAGGAACAUCAGCGAAAAGAAAACAUGUAUAUGCACUUGCACUGAGGUUGUACGGAAAUCAAGUGGAGCCAAUGGAUGAUUCAACUCAGGAAUCAUGAGUCGAUAUAUGUAAGAGUCUACUCAUCACACCCAUCUUUCCACAAAAACCAUAGCCUUGGGGGCCAUCAAUGUGAAGAAAUUAUAUUGAGUCUCUUUGCAUUAGCUAGCAAGAUUAUGAAUCAUAUUGAUUAUUGUCCUAUGUAAGCACAAAAAUAUUUUCUCGAGAAACAGACUCAUUUUUAUAUAAAUUUCUUAUAGGCUAA